UUGAAAAACAGAAUAUAGAAAUUUUCUGUAACUUAUCUUCGUCACACUCCAGCACAGUAGGUGGCGGUAUGCACCUUUACAGUUGGUUUGCACCCACCAAUAAAUCCACAGAAAAAUAAAAACUCGCAAGGAAGGCGGGGUUUCAUCUUGAGAGGUUAGGAAGAGAAGGAAGGCCAUCUUCGUGAGGUCGCAUGCCGUUGUGAUGCCCAGACACUGUUCUGCUGUAGGUUGUAAGUCACGGGACACAAAAGGGCUUCGAAAAACAGGAAUCACUUUUCACAGGUUGCCAAAGAAGGGAAACCCUCGUCGUACAAGUUGGAUUAUCAAUUCCCGUCGCAAAGGUCCUGGUGGGAAAGGACAGUGGGACCCCCAGAGUCAUUUCAUCUACUUCUGCUCCAAACAUUUUACCCCUGACAGCUUUGAACUCUCUGGUGUCAGUGGCUAUCGCAGGCUUAAGGAUGAUGCAAUUCCCACUGUUUUCGAAAUUCAGCCUCAGAAACGAGGCACAGCUAAGAGAUGUGCUACAAAGAGAAGAGGCAGACCACGAAACGUGGACAAACAUAUCAGUGUCAAGAACUCCUCCAAUAAUGAGGACUCAGAAAGCGAGGAGAUCUUCAAUGGUGGAAGAGUGACGCAGACGGUAGCACAUGAUAUAGGUGUUAAGAGCUCUGAACAAGUUAAAAGGGAGGAAAAUCAAAGGCAACCUCCUCCCCAACCAUCAUCGGAGGCUGUUAACACUGCUGUAGAUGAUCAGCUAGCUGUUGCCUCUUCUCCUCAACCUUCCCCACGUAUACCUUCUCCAUCCUGCUACAUGAGGCGUCUCCCUCCACCACCUGGCUUCUAUCUGCCAAAAGAACACAACUAUGCUCAGUUGUGCCCUUUACUGUGGCGUAAACACUAUGAUAAAGCCAUUGACAGCUUAGAAAAAACACUGCACCUUCUUAGUGCGGCCCGACGCCGGGAGAAUCGGUUACGCAAUGCCCUUUUGCGCCUUAGAGAGAACCGGCUUAAAAGUACCCUUAUUCGCGUGCGAGAUGGAGUAAAAGGAAAAGAGGACAAAGGAGGCAGGUUUUCAAGCUGGGUUGCUCAAAAAGCAGAUCUUCUGGCUGAGGGUUGGAACGGCCAGGCACUGGCAAGGUCAACGGUCAUGUUGGAAGAUGAGGAAGGAUUUUGUCUUUAUUGUGGAAGAGACAGUGAGGGAAAAAAAGUAAUUGGCCAUAAAGAGGCAACAGUUGGACCUGAUGAUGUUCAAGGGCUCCAGGUAAGGUGCAGGCCUAAAGGAAUGAAGGAAAUCGUAAAAAAAGUCAAUGUUCCUAAAAUACUCAAAGAUCAAGGGUCAGGAAACACAAUCACUGAUGUGCUACCCAUUGACCAACAGAGCUACUAUGUUUAUUACUGUGAGAGUGUUGAGAAUGAGGACACGAUGCAGGUGGUCACCAUGGAAUUGCAACCACACCAGCUUAACACAGAGAAUGAAGCUUUUAUUGACCAGCAGAAUAAUGCCGAAACCAUCCAACAACAACUGGCAGUGCUGCAACCACAGACUGAAGAAAUACACCCACAGAUGCAUACUGUAAAUGGACCUGUACAAUACUCAUCCACACUACAUGAUACUUCAGCACCAUUCCAGCUUCAGGUUCUGCAGUCACAUCCUGGACUGCUUUUUCCAGAGAUUGAUACAAAAGACAACAACGAAUCGGAAAUGGAUAAGGGAGGAGGGCAGCACUUUUACUGGGUACAGGAAAGGACAGAUGAUCAUGUCAUACUGAUGUCAGUGCCUGCGGAAACAAGUGAACAGAGCAAAAGUGAAAAUGAUGAGAGUGUGAUUGAGGCUGUGCAACAUCAGUCAGUAUUGGAGAGGUUUCAAUUUAGGGUGACCGAGGAUCCACUGCAUGUAAAAUGCGAUUCCACUCCCUUGAAAACUACAGGGUGGGGGAACAGUCAAGUCACUCAUCAGUCAAACUUGAGGCAUACAGGAGUGGGUGGAGAUGUAAGGGAGAGGCUGAAGGAACAUCUUGAGGGGUUUGAGCUACAGCUUAGCAGCGAGUUUAUUGACUGAAUUGCUCUGUAUAAUACUUCUAUAAUUUUGCCUGUGGUUAUUUUCCAUACAAUUUGCAACCUACAGAAAGGCUCUUUUCAGAGGAGAUGAGCAGUCUGUUUAGAUCAGAAUCAUUGUAAACCAUGAUUUAAUAAAACACUACUACAAUGUGUAUGUUGAAAUGUGUUGAGUUUGACAAUAAACAUGGUGUAUGGACAGUUUCAUCAAUAUUAGACAGCAGUAUUUUGAGGAUUGGUCCUUAAAAAUUAAACUCUUUAUUGGAUUGAUUAUUCAAUCUGCUUAUUAGGAUAAAGUAAUUGAAUAAUCAAUCCAAUAAAGAGUGUAAUUGAAAUGUACUCUUGCCGACUAAUACAUUUUUUCUGUUUUGUCUAGCAUUAUGUUUUUAAGCUUUGUUCACAUAAAAAUCCAGCCAAUAUUAACUACUUCCUACUUGCCAAAGGAAGGCCCAGUUCUUUAUUCCUCUUAAAGGGAUACUUCACCCAA